AUGAGUUCGAAAAGCACUAGUUUGGAAAAGAUUUUGGAGCUUACUAGAGUGUCUGCGACGAGAUUUGUGACUACAGCUCUUCCAGCUGCUCCUGUUGGAUCUCGAGGUACUUUUGGAGGUACUUUAGUGGCACAGUCUUUAUUGGCAUCCUUGCAUACAGUUCCCGUGGAUUUUGUUCCUACAUCUUUGCAUUGUUAUUUCGUCAGUGGGGGAGAUCCGAGCAGAAAGAUCUUUUAUGAAGUACAGGAUCUCAGGCAUGGGAAGAACUUCAUUCAUAAACAUGUGAGGGCUUAUCAGAGUAAACGUUUAGUGUUUACGUCGGCGAUUUUGUACGCUAGAGAGAAGAAAGACCAUGAUUCGUUGCAUUUCCUAAAGACCAUAAAGUCAUCAGAAUUGCCAAAACCAGAGAAGUUUAAAGAUGCUGCAGAACUAUUCAAGUCGCAGGUGGUAGAGAAUGGAAAUUUGGAGAGGUAUGGUCAUUUGCAAGCCGGGUUCAAAGAACCCAGUUAUGCUGAGAGGUUUAUCAGUUCAUUCCAUCAUUCACCAAUUGAAUAUAGGUUCCCACAGGAUAUGUUUUAUUCUCACCAUCCUACAGAUUUACUCGAAAAGUACGCACGAAUCAGAGAUCCCGUUACUGUUAAGAAGACUCAUGAUCAUGAUCCUUCAAGGACUAUCACACCUGAAAAUGAUCAUCGCUACAACUACGUGGCGUUUGCUUACCUCUCAGAUUCCUAUUUCUUGUUGACCGUACCUUAUUUCCAUCAGCUGCCAAUGUACUCUCACAAAUUCAGUGUUUCUUUAGAUCACUGUAUCCAUUUCCAUCAACUCCCAAGGGUCAAUGACUGGAUCUACCUGCAGGUCAGGAAUCCAAGAUCUUACUGGGACAAGCACGUAUUGCAAGGCGAAUAUUUCAACGGUCAGUCGGGAGAGAUUAUCGCUAGCGUAUCUCAGGAAGGGUUAGUCGUUUAUGACUCUGAAGAAGAGAUCAAGGCUAAAUUCUAA